AAGAAGAACCUUUUCCGACCCGGAAGCUGUUUUCAGUCGCGGCUAGCAGGAACAGUUGUAUCGUUGAAUGGACUGAAACGGUUGUUUUCUGGAUUCAAACUUAAUUUUUAAGAAAUCGGAGGCUUACGUCGCCGUGUCUGUCAUGGCUCAUAUCACCAUCAACCAGUACCUGCAGCAGGUUUAUGACGCCAUUGACAACCAUGACGGCUCGUUCUGCGCUGAGCUGCUCUCCUUCAAACACCCGCAUGUGGCCAACCCCGACUACAGGUGAGGCUCCGCCCCUCAGCUCGCCAGUCCAGAAGAAAAGUGUCAGCAGCUUCUGGAGCCGCCGUACGAUGAGAUGGUCGCAGCUCACCUCAGGUGUACCUACGCUGUGUCCAAUCACGACUUUGUGGAAGCCUACAAGUUCCAGACGCUGGUUGUUCAGUCAUUCCUGAGAGCCUUCCAGUCCCACAAAGAGGAGAACUGGGCUCUGCCUGUGAUGUUCUCUGUCACCCUGGACCUCAGGAUAUUCGCCAACAACGCGGAGCAGCAGCUGCAGAAGAAGGGCAAAGGUCAGCCGGGAGAGAUGUUGGAGAAAGCUGCUGAACAGCUGAUGAGCUGCUUCAGAGUGUGUGCUAGUGACAACCCGGCGGGGAUCGAGGACUCCAAGAAGUGGGUGAUGUUUCUUAGCAACCAGCUCUUCAAGAUCUACUUCAAGAUCAAUAAGCUCCACCUGUGUAAGCCUCUGAUCCGAGCCAUCGACAGCUCCAACCUGAAGAACGACUACAGCCCGGCCCAGAAGGUCACCUACAAAUACUACGUGGGCCGCAAGGCCAUGUUCGACAGCGACUUCAAGCCAGCGGAGGAGUUCUUGUCCUAUGCCUUCCAUCACUGUCAUGGCUCCAGCCAGAAGAACAAGAGGAUGAUCCUCAUCUACCUGCUGCCAGUCAAGAUGCUGCUGGGUCACAUGCCGACUCAUCAGCUGCUGAGGAAAUAUGACCUCAUGCAGUUUGCUGAUGUCACCAAAUCAGUGAGUGAGGGGAACCUGCUGCUCCUGAACGAGGCCUUGUCCAAACACGAGACCUUCUUCAUCCGAUGCGGCAUCUUCCUCAUCCUGGAGAAGCUGAAGAUCAUCACCUACAGGAACCUCUUCAAGAAAGUGUAUCUGCUGCUGAGGACCCAUCAGCUUCCUCUGGAUGCCUUCCUGGUUGCUCUGAAGAUGAUGCAGCUGGAUGAUGUGGACAUAGACGAGGUGCAGUGUAUCCUCGCUAACCUGAUCUACAUGGGUCACAUCAAAGGCUACAUCUCCCAUCAGCACCAGAAGCUUGUGGUCAGUAAACAGAAUCCGUUUCCUCCUCUCUCUUCAGUCUCUAGACUACGUUACCCACAAUCCCCUCUGGCUCUGCUGCUCCCAGGAACUAUAAGUCUCUCAGACUACGUUACCCACAAUCCCCUCUGGCUCUGCAUGCUCCCAGGAACUACUCCAUGAAUUCUGUGUUUGUUUUUAUUCUGUAACUUGUUGAAUAAAAGAGAUGCUAGUUUGUACAGCGA